AUGCGCCCUAGUUUACUUUUAGCCGAGCCGGAGAGGUCAAUAUUACCUAAAUUUAAGUUUUUCAAAUCUUUGGGGAUCACAGAUGCUGAGCUUGCGAGUGUUUGCUCCUCAGCUCCUGCUAUUUUGAGUCGCAGUUUGGAGAACCUACUCAUUCCUAACUUUAAAUUUCUCAAAAGUGUGCCACUCUCUGAUGCUAAUAUUAUUAAAUCGUUUAGAAAUGAAUCAUGGCUCUUUACGUUUGAUUUGGCAAAGAAUGUGUCUCCAAAACUUGCAGUCCUGAAAGAACUUGGAAUGCCCGCGCCGUUUAUUGCACUGAUUUUAACAUGUUAUGUGCCUAUAGUCCUCCAAAAACGUGAGAAGUUCGACAAAAAUGUCAAGAAGGUUCUUGAAAUGGGUUUUGAUCCUCGGAAAUGUGGGUUCAUCCAUGCAAUGAAGGUGUUUGCUUCAAUGACUGAAUCAACUUUGGAACAGAAAUUUGACCUUUUCAGGAGGUGCGGGUGGUCUGAUAAGGACAUUAUGUUGGUGUUCAAAAAAUGCCCCAUUUGUAUGAAUGCCUCUGAAAGCAAAAUAAUGAAUGGAAUGGAUUUUCUUGUGAAAAAGAUGGGUUGGCAGUCCACAGAUAUUGCCUUGUUUCCAAAGGUUUUCCUUUUGAGCUUGGAAAAGAGGGUAAUCCCAAGGUGUUUGGUAAUUAAAGUUCUGCAAGCGAUGGGGUUGCAGAAGAAAAAUUUGAGCCUAUGUGCAUGUGUAGACCCUGUCGAGAAGGUAUUCUUGGAUAGGUUUGUGAGAAAAUACUUGGACCAGGUUCCUGAAUUGAUGAAUAUCUAUCAAAGGAAGGAAGGCUUUCAGGCUCUGGAUAUGAAUAUCCAUGUCUCUUCCAGCAAAUUGUAG